AUGGCUGACGACUUGCUCAAUGAUGAGGAUUUCAUCAAGAUACAGAAGCUGAACUCGGUGGACGGGGAGCGGAGGCACAGCAUUGUGUUCGACUCCACUGUGGUGGUGAAGGAAGGCCGUCAGAGCCAGAGCCAGAGCCAGAGCGACAGCGACAACGACAAUGUGUCUGGUGUGGAUGUGCUGAGUGUGGAUCCUGCGACCAAUGGUAAAGGCGGGGACUCACGUACCGAUUACGACUACGACAGCAACGAUAAGGAUGUCCUGGACUCGCAUGUGAUGGUGGACAAGCAAGAUGGUUCCGUGGCGUUCACAGUUGCGCAGGAGAGCGAUACGCCUGCAGAUGGCGAUCGCGAUGGCGAUGCAGAUGCCACUGGCGAUGUCGCUGCCAAUGCUGGCGCUUCCGUUAAACACACCAAGGACGUAGACGCUACUAUCAAGAGGUACAUGAAGCACAUGCACCAGAAGGAGGUCGGCCGUUUCAACAAGAAGUCCCAGGAGUACAUCUCCUACUUCGGGGAUGUGGACUUCGACAAGAGACCCACAAUCCUGGACUUCGCAGUGAGUGAGCCUUACAGGACUCAGUUCAAGGGCCCUAUACUAGAGAAAGAGAUCAAGGAGAAGGAGAAGUUGAAGAAGAUCAUCGCUUAUAGAAGUAACCCAAGUUACAAACCGGACUUCGAUAUCAACAUCAAGACCAGCUCAAAGGGCAAGGAGAACGAGGCUCCGACUUUCUCCGGUGUCUACGUGCUUAUGUGGAUGAUCUUUGGGUUCGCUUCGAUCCAGUCUUGCAUCAAUUACUACAUUGACCACGGCAACUCGUUCAAGGAUGCCAUCUUGUUCAAGUUCAUGUUGACUGACCUGCAUAGGGUGUUCGCUUUUGAUGCGCUGUUGUAUUGCGCAACAUACUUUGUGCUGUUUAUCCAAUACCUGUGCUGCUACAACGUCAUCAAUUGGAACAAGACCGGUGUCCCGGUCAUCGUCACUUAUGAAAUCCUCUACGUUACUGCUGCGCUGUACAUCCCAGCCCAUGUCCUGAACUUCAAUUGGAUUGCAAGGAUAUACAUAUUCCUACACUCAGUGGUGCAGAUUAUGAAAAUGCACUCGUUCUCAUUCUACAACGGGUAUCUAUGGAAUAUCCUCAAUGAGUUGAACUUCUCGAAGAGAGCUGUCGCCAAGUUAAAAGACCGUAAGGAUAUAGACUCAGAAGUCAUGGCCACAUUGCAUAGAAGCAUUGACUUCUGCAGCUUCGAAUUGAAUUACCAAUGUCAAGGCGAAAACUUCCCUAACAAUAUCAGCAUCAAGAACUACUUCAUGUACACGUUGUUCCCCACAUUGAUCUACCAGAUAAACUACCCUAGAACAAACAAGAUCAGAAUUGGUUACCUGAUUGAGAAGACCUGCGCCACAUUCGGCUGCAUCUACCUGAUGGUGGUGGACGCCCAGAUAUUUAUGCUGCCCAUUACGGAGAAGGCUAUCAAGCUAAAAGAGCUGCCUAUCGGUCUGGAGUUCACAGCCAAGUUCUUCCUGAUCUGGGCUGAGCUUAUCCCACCGAUGACCGUGCUGUACAUGCUGGCCUUCUACUUAAUCUGGGACGCCAUCCUGAACUUCUUUGCGGAGCUGACCAUGUUCGCAGACAGAUACUUCUACGGUGACUGGUGGAACUGCGUUUCAUUUAUAGAGUUCAGCAGAAUAUGGAACGUACCAGUACACAAGUUCAUUUUAAGACACAUCUACCACAGCGUCAUCAACAGGUUCAGGCUCUCCAAGCUGCAGGCCACCUUGUUCACGUUCCUACUCAGCGCUGUGUUCCACGAGCUGGCAAUGUACGCCAUCGUCAAGCGCUGGCGUGGGUUCCUGUUCGCAUUCCAACUGGGCCAGUUCUUCUUCGCGGGCAUCAGCAACAUCCCAUACCUGCGCAAGAGACCAGUGCUCUCCAACGCUCUGUUCUGGUUCGAGAUGUGCACAGGGCCAAGUGUCAUCCUACUACUAUAUGUUGUGUUUUAA